CUCUACUGGAAGUCUUCAAAAUUGAAAACAGUCAGAGACACUAGUUCAGCAACCUGAACGAUACUCGAGCUUGUCUUCAUUUUGGAAACACGUUUAUUUGGUCUUUUGCUUUGUCACUGCUGGGUAAGUUGCGUGUUGUUCUGUUUCGAUUACACCGGUCAUCGCAGCAAUGAACGCUUAUAGAGAGUUUAUUGAGCCAUCUAGAGUCUCCAAUUGUGUUGGUUGUAACUUUAUAUCACCUACGUCGAAACAUUUAGUUGUGGCUAAAUCAACCAUCCUUCAGGUGUUCGAAGUUGUUAAGCCAGCACCGCAACUUAAUAAUAAGAAUAUUAAACUUGAUGAUAAGUCCAAGUUGAAACUAGUGGAACAAUUCAAAUUACAUGGAUUGGUUACUGAUUUAAAACCAAUAAGAACAAUUGAAAGUCCUGACUUGGACUAUUUGAUUGUGUCAACCAAAGCUGCUAAGUUUUCCAUCAUUAAAUGGGACCAUUCUUCAAAUUCGAUUUCUACAGUAUCAUUACACUAUUAUGAACACGCGAUUCAAAAUUUAACUUUUGAAAAAUUAGCUUCAUCAGAUUUAUUAGUUGAACCAAAUACAUUUUCUUGUGCUUGUCUUCGAUUCAAAAACUUGUUGACUUUUUUGCCAUUUGAGGUUCCUGAUGAUGAAAAUGAAGAAGAGGACGAAGAUUUAAACCUAUCCUCAAAGAAAUCAAAAACGACUGAACUGGAAGCUAAUGGUACCGUUUCUGGAGACUCUGAUUUCUUUGAUUCUAGUUUUAUAAUUGAAGCAACCACCCUCGAUCCUAGCAUUGGUACCAUUAUAGAUAUGCAAUUCUUACAUAAUUAUAAAGAACCUACAAUUGCUAUAAUAUCUCAAAAAAAUCAUACUUGGGCUGGUUUAUUACCGAAAACUAAAGACGAUAUCAAUUUCAUUGUUUUGUCAUUAGAUUUAAAUUCAAGAACAUCCACCACUGUCCUAAAACUUGAUAACUUACCCUAUGAUGUUGACCGUUUGAUUCCCUUGCCUCAUCCAUUGAAUGGUAGUUUGUUAUUGGGUUGUAACGAAAUUAUUCAUAUUGAUAAUGGUGGUAUCACUAGAAGAGUUGCCGUUAAUGAUUUCACUCCCUGGAUCACUAGUAGUGUUAAAAAUUAUUUGGACCAAAGCGCCCUAGAAUUAAAACUUGAACAUUGUUCUAUCAUCCCACUACCUAAUGAUAAUCGUGUAUUGAUGAUUCUUGAAAAUGGUCAAUUCUAUUAUAUCAAUUUUGAAGUAGAUGGUAAGACAAUUAAAAAAUUUUCUGUCGAAUCCAUAAGUAAUGAGUUAUACCCCGAUAUCUUACUUGAAAGACCAGAUCAGGCAGCCGUUCUUGAUGAAAAUCUUAUUGUUGUUUCAAGUAACUCUUGCAAUACUGCUUUGAUAAAAGUUGAUUAUAAAUCUGAAACAAAAAAUGGUACAAAACUGAUAAAGAAUAAUGUUUCUCAAGGACCACUGAAGACUAAUAAUGAGAAUGAUGAUGAUGAUGAUGACGAUGAUGAUUUAUAUGGAGAUGAGGAGGUGAAUGAAGAUCAUACUUUAAGAAGAAGUGAAGCCACUUUUGUCUUGCAGGAUGAAUUAGUCAAUAAUGGACCUGUCUCGAAAUUUACUUAUGGACAUUAUUCCACUCAAAAAUAUAUUGCAAACUUAAUUAAUCCAAACUAUAAAGAAAUAUCAAUUAUCAGUAAUGGGGGAGAGAACUCCUCUAGUCAUUUAAAUAUAAUGACUCCUUCAGUCCAACCAAAGAUUAGAACUUCUCUUACCUUUUCACAAAUCAAUAGAAUGUGGAAUAUUAAUAAUAAAUAUCUUAUUACUUCUGACGAUAUCAAUAACAAGUCGGAGAUUUUUCAGAUCAAUAAGUCUUUUGCAAGGUUGAGCUCUAAAAAUUUUAUUAACAACGAAUUAACUAUUGCAAUGCAUGAAUUGAAUAACGGGAAAUUCAUCUUACAAAUUACACCUAAACAUGUAAUUUUAUUUAACAAUAAGUUUGUGCAAUUGGUUUCAUUGGAUUCUGAGUUAGAAAAUGAUUUUAAAAAUGAUGAUAUCAUAAAUAGUACAUUCAAUGACGAAUUCUUGAUGCUCUUCUUCGCAAGUGGUGAAGUUAUGAUUUACUCAAUUAACACUUACAAUGAAUCUUUCAAUAAAAUAAGCAUUCCUAAAAUUUUAUCGGAUACAAUUAUUACUUCUGGAUACAUUGCUAAUUCUCACUUGUUAAACGUAGUUCUGAAGGACGUCAGUUUGUUAAUCAACCGUGGACUUAAGAGAAAGAGAAAUAUGAGUAAUCCCAGUGUCAAGGCUAAAUCCCCUUUGCCUGAUCGCAAGUCACUGGGCCCCAAGUCAAAAACUUUCAUUUUAGUAACCGGUGAUAACAGAAUUGUUGCUUUCAGUCGUUUCCAUAAUGAAAAAUGUUUCCAAUUGAAUGAAGUUGACAAAUUCACUGAUCAAUUGACUUUGGGGUUUUUUGAACAAAAAGAUACAUAUCCAGAUCCGCUCAUCAAACAGGUCUUAUUCAAUGAAUUAGGUGAUUUAGUUUCGAAGGAUGAAUAUCUUACAAUCUUGACCAUUGGUGGUGAGAUUAUCAUGUAUAAGCUUUUCUUCGAUGGAGAAAAUUAUUCUUUCAUCAAGGAGAAAAAUUUGGCUCUUACUGGUGCUCCUCAUAAUGCAUACCCUCAAGGUACUUCAGUUGAAAGAAGAUUGGUUUAUUUACCAAAUUUCAAUGGCUAUACUACCAUUUUGGUGUCUGGGGUCUUACCAUAUAUAAUUAUGAAGACUACAUCAUCUAUUCCUAGAAUUUAUCAGUUUAGUAAAAUUCCGAUUGUUUCAUUUGCAGCAUAUUCUGAUAACGAAAUCAGUAAUGGUGUGAUUUAUUUGGAUACAAAGAAGAAUGCCCGUAUCGUUGAAUUACCGCAGGGGUUCAUAUAUGAUAAUAAUUGGCCUAUUAGACAAAUCCGUUUCGAUGAAACAAUUAAGUCUGUCACUUACCAUGAAACUUCCAAUACUUAUAUUCUAUCAACUUUUAAAGAAAUCGAUUACGAUUGUAUAGAUGAAGAGGGUAAGCCUAUUGUCGGGACAGAUUUCGAAAAGCCUAAAACUAAAUCAUUGAAGGGUCUGCUUAAAUUGGUUUCUCCUUUGACUUGGACAGUUAUUGACAGUAUUGAAUUGGCUGAUAAUGAGAUUGGAAUGAAUGUGGAAUCAAUGAUUCUUGAUGUUGGAACUUCAUCCAAACGAUUCAAGAAUAAAAAGGAAUUUAUCGUUCUUGGUACAGGGAAGUAUAGAAUAGAAGAUUUAGGUGCUAAUGGAUCUUUCAAAUUAUACGAAAUUAUUGAUAUCAUUCCUGAACCUGGAAGACCUGAAACUAAUCAUAAGUUCAAAGAUUUUAAUCAAGAAGAUACCAGAGGUGCUGUAACUUCAAUCUGCGAGAUCAGUGGUAGAUUUCUCGUGGCCCAAGGUCAGAAGAUUAUUAUUCGUGAUAUUCAAGAUAACGGGACCAUCCCGGUGGCAUUUUUAGAUACAUCUGUGUAUGUAUCUGAGGCUAAAAGCUUUGGUAACUUGCUACUUUUAGGGGAUUCCCUAAAAAGUGUGUGGUUAGCAGGUUUCGAUGCUGAACCUUUCAGAAUGAUUAUGUUAGGUAAAGAUCUACAACCUUUAGAUGUAAAUUGUGCCGAUUUCUUAACAAAUGAUCAGGAAAUCCAUAUCGUUAUUGCAGAUAACAACCACUCCCUUCAUAUUGUGCAAUACAACCCUGAAGACCCUGGAUCUUCGAAUGGGCAAAGAUUGUUGCAUAAAACUGCAUUUAACCUUAACCAUUCUAGUACAUGCAUGAAAACUACUCCCAAGCAUGAAGAAAUCAACCCACAAACAAAUGGGGCCCAAGAUGUCACCUUCCAAACAGUUGGAUCCACAGUUGAUGGCUCGUUUUAUACUGUUUUCCCGGUUAAUGAAGCCACCUACAGAAGAAUGUACAUUUUACAACAACAAUUGAUUGACAAGGAGUAUCAUGCCUGUGGUUUGAACCCAAGACGUAACAGAUUUGGGGGGUUGUCUCUCUCUGUUAAUGAUACUAAUGCAAAACCAUUAUUAGAUUAUGAUGUCAUUAAGACAUUUACUUCCUUGAAUGAAGACAGAAAGAAUAAUUUAGCGCUGAAACAAGCAAUGCCCAAGUCCAAAACAUCCAAGUCGGUAUCGUUCCAGCACCUUGCGGAAGAAGAUAGCACUCUGCUUAGCUCGGCUCAAGCUAAUCAAGCUAGUUUUCCGGUAAUUGAGUCUCCAUUUUUAACGAUUCCCUUUCAUUAUAUUUUGGCAUUAAGUGGAGCAUUUUACUAUGGUCUUACUUCUGACACUACAAGUGUAAUGGUAAAAGGAAUACCCACUCUUAUAGCAAUUCAAUUCAUCUAUGGGUAUAUGAUUACGUUGAAUUCUCACCGGUACUUAGCUCCGAUUAAAAAGAAGAAUGCUACAAGCGGACCUACCCAGUCAUCUACACCCAUUGCAAAUAAGAAAAAGACAAAUCAAAACUCAACAUUAUUAGUGGGAUCAAGCAUUUUAGUUGCUUUGGUCUUGAGUAUUCCGGUGUUUAUGGUGGUUAUAUUAUUUGGUGCGCCAUUAUCAAGUCACCUUCUUGAGACUUUCCUUCUUUCUGUUCAUAUUUCAUUGGUCAUGUUUUAUCCAUUGCUUGUUUUCUUCCAAAUGGACACGGACUUGUUCUGUCAAAUCUUCCAGCUCGAAAGAAUUUAUCGCAUGAUUUUCACCAACCAGAUUUUGACAAGCAGUUUCAUGGGAAUAAUAGGGUGUUGGUUGGGGGUGAUUCCAAUUCCUUUGGAUUGGGAUAGGCCUUGGCAAGCCUGGCCAAUAACCUUACUAAGUGGGUUGUACAUUGGAGCCUUUGUUGGUGGUUCUCUGAGUAUCAUUUUUUGCUAUUUCUUGCAAGACGAUUCCAAAGUCAACCAACGUCACAGUUCUUAAUACUAUAUAUAUUCUAAAUAAACGUCUCGGACAACGUAUGGCCGU